AUGAAUGAUGAUGAUGAUGAUGAUGAUGAUGAUGAUGAUGAUGAUGAUGAUGAUGAUGAUGAUGAUGAUGAUGAUGAUGAUGAUGAUGAUGAUGAUGAUGAUGAUGAUGAUGAUGAUGAUGAUGAUGAUGAUGAUGAUGAUGAUGAUGAUGAUGAUGAUGAUGAUGAUGAUGAUGAUGAUGAUGAUGAUGAUGAUGAUGAUGAUGAUGAUGAUGAUGAUGAUGAUGAUGAUGAUGAUGAUGAUGAUGAUGAUGAUGAUGAUGAUGAUGAUGAUGAUGAUGAUGAUGAUGAUGAUGAUGAUGAUGAUGAUGAUGAUGAUGAUGAUGAUGAUGAUGAUGAUGAUGAUGAUGAUGAUGAUGAUGAUGAUGAUGAUGAUGGAUGA